UUAAUUAGUCGGAUAAUUCUGAUGUCAGCUGUAGAAUAAUUAAGCAAGUUUGAGUAACAUAUUGGUAAAGAGUUGUUGUUUGCAACAUAACGAGACGAAGCAGGCAGCAGUGAACAGCAGCAAACUGACAUCUUUAGCUGUUGUUUCUACCAGACGGACACACAUUUAUUAUACAUUUAUAUACACAAGUGUAUAAUAUUUACUGUCAGAAGCUACAAGUCAAGAAUUUUGGAAGGUCCCAAGGAGUCAAAAUGCAGGGAACUGUUACAGCAGCCAAGAACUUUAAUGCAACCACAGCAGCAGAGGUGCUACAUAAAGCAAUUGCUGGUCUUGGAACAAACGAUGCCAAAGUCAUUGAGCUGCUGAGCAGAUAUAAUUACAAUCAGAGGCAGGAGAUGAUGCUGGCCUACGACAAGAAGUACAACAAGGCCAUGGUAAGUGAUGUAGCGGCUGAUCUCAGUUUCCGUUAUAAAGACACGGCUGUUGCCCUCCUCACUGAACCUGUUCUCUAUGAUGUCAAAGAACUGCGGAAAGCAAUGAAGGGUUUAGGCACUGACGAAACCACACUCAUCGAGAUCAUCUUCUCUCGUGAUCCUGAAAGAAUGGCGGCCAUUAAACAACGAUAUUCUGUUGAAUAUGAAGUCAGUCUUGAAGAAGACAUUUCUGGUGACUGCAGCGGCCAUUUUCGACAUUUGCUUUUGUCUCAGGUGAGCGGAACUCGAGAACAAACCAGGAAAGAAGAUGUCGACCUGGGACUCGCACAGCAGGACGCUACUUCUCUUUACAAAGCUGGAGAGGGCAAAUUGGGGACAGAUGAGAAGAAAUUUAAUGCCGUGUUGGCUGGUCGCAGUUUUCCCCACCUCUUCCAGGUUAUGAAGUUCUACCGUGAAAAGGUAGGCCAUGAUUUGGAACACGCAAUACGUUCUGAGACCAGCGGAAACCUGAGAGAUGCUUAUUUAGCCAUUGCUGCCAUGGCCCGAGGAACUCCGACGUUGUUUGCUCAGCACCUUUACAAAUACACAAAAGGACUCGGCACUAAUGACUCUAAUUUAAUCCGAGUCAUCGUUAGCAGAUGCGAAAUUGAUAUGGUGCAGAUUAAAGAAGAAUAUUUCAAACUCUAUGGCCAAACGUUGGUUGAUUGCAUAAAAGGUGAUACCAGUGGGGACUACAGGAACUUGCUGCUGGCCCUUGUUAGGGGACAUUGAGGAGGACAACCACAAUGACAAGCAUGACAGCAACAUCAACAAUAAUAAGAAAACAUCAACCACACCACCAUGUCAACAACAAUAAUAACAUUUGCUGUCAACUUUCUGUUACAUUUUUUUUUAUUUCUCUUGCCAUUGCAUAAUAAUAAUAAUAAUAAUAAUAAUAAUAAUAAUAUAUGGAGUAAGUAUGGACUUGACAGAGCAAAAAAGUGGUAUGAACAUAAACCCGAAGAUAUCGUAAAUGAUAAUGCAACGAUCCUAUGGGAUUUUAUGAUUCAGUGCGUCCAUGAGAUAGAGAAUUAGAAACCAGACAUAGUGUUAAUUGAGAAAGAAAGCAAACGAUGCUGGAUCAUAGAUAUAGCAUGUCCAGCUGACAACAAAG